AAUAAUACAAAGAGCUGAGAAGAUGAGAAAUAAUUAAUGAAAAAUUAUAUACAGCAUAAACAAAUAUCUUCCUAAUAACAAGUGUCCUAUCACCAUCUUUCUGUCUGCCCAGACUGAAGAGGUCACAUCUUUCUGAAGACUUCAACUGCUUCCCAAAGAUGCUCCCUUCCCAGACCUAUGUCAACAUCUCCUUCUUCCAGCCACAUGCCUUCCUGAUGAUUGGCAUCCCAGGGCAUGAGGCUGUUCAUGGAUGGAUCUCUAUCCCCUUCUCCUCCAUGUACACUGUGGCCCUCACUGGAAACUGCCUGAUCCUCUUGGCUGUGAGGAAGACUCCCAGCCUGCACCAGCCCAUGUACUACUUCUUGUCCAUGCUGGCCCUCACUGACGUGGGCCUCACCCUGUCCACACUGCCCACCACCUUGGCUGUGCUCUGGUUUGGCCACAGGCUCAUAGGCUUCAAUCCCUGCCUGGUCCAGAUGUUCUUCCUCCAUUCCUUCUCUGUGGUGGAGUCGUCAGUGCUCCUGGCCAUGUCAUUUGACCGCUUUGUGGCCAUCUCGAACCCUCUUCGCUAUGCAACUGUCCUCACCAAUAAUGUCAUCAUCAGGAUUGGGAUGGCCAUUGUGGCCCGUGCUGCCCUGUCUCUCUUCCCAGUGCCUUUCUUGCUUAAACGCUUGAACUUCUGCCCUAACAAAAUCCUUUUGUCCCACUCGUUCUGUUUUCAUCCUGAUGUGAUGAGAAGAGCCUGUGCUGACAUCACCAUAAACAUCAUCUAUGGGCUCUAUGUGGUAUUGUCCACUGGAGGCAUAGACUCUCUGCUCAUCGUCCUAUCCUAUAUUCUUAUCCUACACACAAUCUUGGGACUGGCAUCUCCCAGGGAGCGCAUCCGAGCCUUCAACACCUGUGUUUCCCAUAUCCUGGCUGUCUUUGUCUUUUUCAUUCCAGGCAUUACCAUGUCCAUGAUCCACCGUUUUGGGAGGCACUUGUCCCCCAUUGCACAUGCCCUUGUUGCCUAUGUAUACCUGGUGGUACCCCCUGUGCUCAACCCCAUCAUCUACAGUGUGAAAUCCAAGCCCAUCAGGGAAGCCAUGUUAAAAGUGUAUUGA